AUGGCCACUGAAGCUUUCCACCAGCUCAAACAAGCCUUCAAGACCGCUCCGAUCCUAGCUCAUCCUGAUCCCAACCGACAGUUCAUAGUGGAAGUGGAUGCUUCAUCGACCGGGGUCGGAGCAAGCCUGGUGAUGAUGUCGUACCUCCUCCCUCCCGCCAUCGAAGAAGACAACAACAUCUUUCGGGUGAGAGCUAUCCUCGACUCUCGACGACGGGGUCCUCAACUGGAGUACCUCGUAGACUGGGAGAACUACGGCCCGGAGGAGCGUUGCUGGGUAAAUCGUAAUGACAUCCUGGACCCUAGCCUGGUCACCGACUUUCACCGAGACCAUCCAGACCGCCCCGCUCCCCGUGGCCGUGGUAGACCCCGUCGUCGUUCAAGAUCCCAGCCGUCAGGAGCCGCCCGUGGGGGAGGGGUUAUUGUUUGUUGUUCAGGUGUGUUUGGUGUUGAUGCAGUGCAGUCAGUAUCAGUGACGGAGGGAGAAUCUGUCACUCUAAAUGUGACUGAUAUACAGAUCAAUGAUGAGAUCGAGUGGAGGUUUGGACAAAUCCUCAUUGCUGAAAUCAACAAAAAGAACUAUAAGAGUACAUUUUAUGAUGAUAAUGCUGAUGGGAGAUUCAGAGACAGACUGAAGCUGGAUCAGACUGGAUCUCUGAUCAUCACAAACACCAGAACCACAGACUCUGGACUUUAUAUAGUAUACAGCAGCACAAGAAAUACUCUGCUCAACACAUUUAAUCUUACAGUCUUUGCUCCUCUGCCUGUUCCUGUCCUCGGCAUUUACUGUCCAAAAAAUUCAUCAUCUUCUUCAUCAUCUUCAUCCCAGCAGAAUUGUUCAUUCCUGUGUUCAGUGGUGAAUGUGAGUGAUGUGACUCUCUCCUGGUACAAAGGAAACAGUUUAUUGUCCAGCAUCAGUGUGUCUGAUCUCAGCAGAAGUCUUUCUUUACAUCUGGAGUGUCUGGAUGAUUCGUACAGCUGUGUGGUGAACAAUCCCAUCAGAAACCAGACUCAACAUCUGGACCUCAGCCAAAUCACAUGUUCAGACUGUCGCUGUUUGUGGUUCUACUGAAGCUGUGAUCUGAUUGGCUCUCUCUGCUCUAGCUGCUGUGGCUGCUGUUGCUGUGCUGGUUUAUGACAUCAGAUCCAGAAGUCUUCAACAGAAGAGAGAGCAGAUUUCACCAUCACACAAAGAUUAAACAGAUUUGCAGGAAUGCAGAGAUGAUUUUGUACCACUGGAGACAUUAUGACAUUAUAUCUCCUUUGAGUAAAUGAGCAAAUGUAAUUUAAGUGAUUUUGAAUUCAUUUUCUUUAAAUGUAAAGUUCAUUCAUUUAUAUUUUAAUGUCACUUUUAUUUUUUAACAAUAUUAUUAUUUCUAAAGUGGUUCUGUCUGCUGUUACAAGACAGUGUUAACAUCCUGCUGGUGUCUUGUUGAAUUUUACUUUUUACUUACAGUUAAGCAUUUUUUCUUCUUCCAUGAAACAUAUUAGACACUGCUGGCCAGUUAUUGCAAUAAUAAAUAAUAAAAAAAAUGCUAUUAGAAUGUCAAUUGAAAAUAACAUUUUAAUGUUAUUAUAAUGUUUGGUUGCAACUAUUACAUGAAAACAAAUUGCCAAGAGAGAAACAUUUCAGUGAAUAUAUAUUCAAACCUUGCAAAUGUCUUUUAACAUGUCAGAAACAUUAAUCUAUAUAUAAUCAUUGGGCAUUUCUGUUGAGAACACACUGUGAAACAGUUCUAGGAAGAUGUCGACCACUGGACUGAAGAAAAAACCAUUGGGUUUGAACUGUGGUGUUAAAAAAAGGUGACCGCAGCCACACAAUCACAAAAAUAAAUGUGUGAGCUUUAGUCACGUCAGUUCUUUAGUUUA